GACCGAGGCACGGUCGUUGCUGCCCGUUGAAGGCGAGAAAAUGUCGGAGAGAAAAGUUUUAAAUAAAUACUACCCGCCGGAUUUUGAUCCGUCGAAAAUCCCAAAGCUCAAGCUUCCCAAGGACCGCCAGUAUGUCGUGCGGCUGAUGGCCCCUUUCAACAUGAGAUGUAAGACCUGUGGCGAGUACAUUUAUAAAGGCAAGAAGUUUAAUGCUCGGAAGGAGACGGUACAGAAUGAAAUGUAUCUGGGGCUCCCCAUCUUCCGCUUCUAUAUCAAGUGCACCCGCUGCCUAGCAGAAAUCACUUUCAAGACAGACCCUGAAAACACAGACUACACCAUGGAGCAUGGAGCCACGCGCAACUUCCAAGCAGAGAAGCUCCUGGAGGAGGAGGAGAAGAGGAUACAGAAGGAGAGAGAGGACGAAGAGCUGAACAAUCCAAUGAAGGUGUUGGAGAAUCGGACCAAGGACUCAAAGCUGGAGAUGGAGGUGCUUGAGAACCUGCAGGAGCUAAAGGAGCUCAAUCAGCGUCAGGCCAAUGUGGACUUUGAGUCGAUGCUGCAGCAGUACCGGGUGACUGAGGAGGAGAAGCAGCAGCUUGAACAGGAAGAGGACGAGAAGGAAAUAGAAGCCAUGAUGGAGCAAGCUAAGAGGCGGCAUCUGAUCGAGGACUCUGACUCUGACGAAGAACGUGCCCCGGCAAAAACCAGGCCCCCAACGAGACCAAACCCCACUGCCAUCCUGCACGAGAAUCUGGGCGUGCCAAACAAGAAGCAGAAGACGGAAAGUUGGGAGCGUAGCGUGGGCAAGCUCAGCAGCAAAGCUCAGCUGACAGGGCUGGUAAUGGGAAAGAAACCAAGAGAGCCAAGCCAACUGGCCCUAUCAUCUCCUGGCCCUGGAGCAAUUAGCCAGAGCUCAGAGGAAGCUAGUGUAGCCCGUCCGCCCUCCGGCACCUCCUCUCUCAGCCUGCUGGAGGCCUACUCAGACAGCGACGACAGCAACAGCAGUUGAGACCCAGAGCCCGGCGUUCAUUUCUCAUCAGCUCAGCGCGGCAACCAGGGCGGCCACGCCACCCGGACGUUUUGGGGCCUGCUCCCGCUUCCGACCGAUCGUUUGGGAUAGAGAGCAAGCUCCGGAACUGUGGGUUUCCCACCAACCAGACUCCAGCUGCUGUCUUGUCAGCAGUCAGUCAGCAGGGGUGGGGGGCUUCUUCCCUUCUCUCCUCCUCCUCGUCCUCCCUGCUAUCCGCUUGUGAUCUGAAAGUAGCGACGACGUGAAGCGCCGAUUUCACCCACCUUGCCUAAAAACGUAAGGGCAGAAAGCUUCCGACGCUCAAGAGCAUUUCGUCUUUCCGUUUCUGCACACGCUGAGUUUUAUCUUAAAACGAAAGGGUUUUUCAAUCUGGUCAAACUAUGGCAUUUGCCACCCAACCUGAAUUGUAAAGGGAGUAAUUGGGCUGUGUUUUACAGAACAGAAUAAACUCAAUCGAGA